AGCGGGUCCCGCCCCUUCCCCUGCUGCUCUCGGUUAGAGUCACUGUCGCUGCCGCCUCCGCUGCGCUCUCCGGCGAGCCGGAGUCUCCGUGCUGUGCCCUCGGUCCCCGGCCACGCGGAGCCGGGAUGCACUGCUCCUGCUGUGGGUUCUCAUCAUGGAGACCAAACGGGUGGAGAUUCCCGGCAGCGUCCUGGACGAUCUCUGCAGCCGAUUUAUUUUGCAUAUUCCCAGCGAGGAAAGAGACAAUGCAAUCCGAGUGUGUUUUCAGAUUGAACUUGCCCAUUGGUUUUACUUGGAUUUCUACAUGCAGAACACACCAGGAUUACCUCAGUGUGGGAUAAGAGACUUUGCUAAAGCUGUCUUCAGUCAUUGUCCAUUUUUGCUGCCUCAAGGUGAAGAUGUGGAAAAGGUUUUGGAUGAAUGGAAGGAAUAUAAAAUGGGAGUACCAACAUAUGGUGCAAUUAUUCUUGAUGAGACACUUGAAAAUGUACUACUGGUUCAGGGGUACCUAGCAAAAUCAGGCUGGGGAUUUCCAAAAGGAAAAGUAAAUAAAGAAGAAGCUCCUCAUGAUUGUGCUGCUAGAGAGGUCUUUGAAGAAACUGGUUUUGAUAUCAAAGACUAUAUUUGUAAGGAUGAUUACAUUGAACUUCGAAUCAAUGACCAGCUUGCUCGUUUGUACAUUAUUCCAGGAAUUCCAAAAGACACAAAAUUUAACCCGAAAACCAGGAGAGAAAUUCGGAACAUUGAGUGGUUCUCCAUUGAGAAAUUGCCUUGUCAUAGAAAUGAUAUGACCCCAAAAUCUAAACUUGGUUUGGCACCUAACAAAUUUUUUAUGGCUAUUCCCUUUAUCAGACCAUUAAGGGACUGGCUUUCUCGAAGAUUUGGAGAUUCCUCAGAUAGUGACAAUGGAUUUUCCUCAGCUGGUAGCACACCAGCUAAACCUUACACUGUGGAAAAAUUGAGUCGAACCAAAUUACGCCACAGUCAGCAGUUAUUUCCUGAUGGUUCUCCUGGUGACCAGUGGGUAAAGCACAGGCAGCCACUGCAGCAAAAGCCAUAUAAUAAUCAUUCUGAAAUGUCUGACCUUUUAAAAGCAAAGAAAUGUGAAAAGAAACUUCACCCACGAAAACUUCAGGAUAAUUUUGAAACAGAUGCUGUUUAUGACUUACCUUGCUCCGGUGAAGAUCAGUUGCUAGAACAUGCCGAGGGACAGUCGGUGGCAUGUAACGGACAUUGCAAGUUCCUCUUUUCAUCCAGAGCCUUUCUGAGUUUCAAGUUUGACCAUAAUGCUAUAAUGAAGAUCUUGGACCUUUGAUAGCAGAUGUAUUCUUGCAGUCCCAAGAUCUGAGACCUGUUGCGUUUUAGUGAGUGUCUCCUCAAGCCUUACCUUUCUCAGGUGUUUUAAAGAAAUGCAGGGAGGCAAUGUUUCUGAAGAGAUUUUCUGUGCAGAAGAGAAAGUAGAAAGAAAACAUGAGUUUGCACUGUAAAUGCAGUUAUAACCUUUUAUACAGAUUUACCUUUUCAGUGUUUGGUACAAGUUUCUUUUUUUGAGGGCAUUUAUUCUAUGUGACUGUGGGUUUUAUUUUGUAUUCUAGUCAAGAAAAUAGCGUUUUGAGUUAUCAAGUAGCUAAGUUAAUGGAAAUGCUCUGUCUACCCAUUAUAGUGAUUGUAGUAAUAGUUUACUUAUAUUGAAAUUUUUAGAAGAAACUUAAAAUACCAAUUAUUAAAUGAACACAAGAGCUGAAGUGUCACAGAUGUCAAGAUUGCAGGUCAUCUACUUUGAUGGCAUUUUGUGCAUCUCUUUGCUUCUAACCACUGAGGCUCUCUGAUCUUCUCUGUUUGGAGUUUUGUUGAAAGAAUUUAUUUAGAGCCAGCUUCUGCAAUAUAAUGUUCAUGUUCAAAAUGAACUCCUAGCACUUCACAAAGACAAAGUGUGCAGCCCAGAGGGAGAUUGAGUUGGUGGGGAGCUGACACUGUAGUUUAAGUAGUGUGGCAUGCAGUCAGUAGUAAACCUGUGAGACUGCUGGAGAGACGGUGGCAGAGAGCAUGGAGGCUGGGACCCUACAUAUCUUUACCAUCUUGCCUCUAACCCUUUAGUAUUAUGCAAUGAUAUUGUUCUUGUGGAAAUUUCUUCUAUAUUCUAGUUUUGUAAAUAUGUGUUGAAAACUGACAUCAUUAGGAUUUACUUUGCAUCUCAGUGUUGAUCUGUGGAAACUGAUGUUAUAUUAGGUUCCAAUUUGCAAUAGUAGCAGAGACUGACAUGCUUUUAUUGGCACGCUAAAGCCCCUGGAUGAUAGAAUGGGAAAGGGGGGGCUAUGCAGUUUACCCAAGUACAAAUAAAGCAUUUCACUAGGUUACAGUUUGUGUAUGUUACAUGCAAGUAACGUACCAUCACUCCUAGGAAUGUAUUUUGCUCCUUGAGAAUUCUUAAAUCCAAAUAAAGAUGGCAGUGCCCAUUUUAAGAAGGAUUUCAGCUAUAAUUGAGGACAAUCACCAGGACUUUAAGGGGCUUUAGUGUUUUGGCUGCAUCUGACCUCAUUGAAGGUUAUUUUGGGGGGUGGGGGGUGUGUUGAGAGAGUGUGUGUGUGUGGCGGGGGUGUGUGUGUGCACGCGCAUCUGUCAUGAGUUAAAAAAUUUUUUUUACAAUGGUAUCCAUAGAAUAUUUCUCUGCUUGUAAAUGUUAUUGCAGAAAUCUUUAUUCUGUAUAGGUAGCUUAUUUAAUUAGGGAUUCUGCUUAACCCCAUGGGAUUUUUUUAAAGGAAGGGCUUUUGUAAGGAAUUCACUUGGUAGUACUUUGCUUUAGCUUUUAAGUGGCUUGAUUUUAAAGGAGAAAUUCUAUUUAUUAAUGAAAGUGUCACCCUCUUGGUGCUAAGCAGGAGAAUCCACAAUUACCACAGUGUGUAUCGAAUCAUGUUAUUCAGAAUCCUGCAUCUUUUAAUGUGACAAAUUUGUGAAUCCUUCUGUGACUUUUGAUUUUUAAUGCAUUAUAUGAUUGUGUUUGGAAGCUCUUACUGUUCUUUUCAGAAAUUCGGCUGCUUUGCUUGGGUCUCCUUGAGCCAUAUUUACAGUUGGUCCCAGCAUUCCAGAUUUCUAUUAAAUUGUUAAGGGAGUGAAAACAUAGUUUGCCUGGCAGAUGAAUAAUUUUCACUCGUUAACUGUCAUUUGGAAAUCAUUUAAUUUUUUAGUGUGUUUUGUAUUGUUUUUUUCUUUUUAAGUGAGUACUUUGGUCAGUCUUUCUGGUGCCUGUAGAGUUGGAUUUUUCAGCUCUCAAUACUGAAGUGAAAGAGAUUAGAGUUAGUUACCAGAAGUAUGGCCUCUAAUGGUGUUGAGCCUUUCUAAGAACCAACAGAUUAUCUUUAUGAUUACAGUAGUUUAACUAUGGUUAAAUGUUAUUGCUGUUGUGCUGCUUCAUUUAAUGCACUGUGGAACAAAAUAAGGGUAUUGUUGGGAUGCGAUUAUGAUAACUUGAGGCUUUUAGCUCAUCUUGACAGUUUGGGGUUAAAAAAUGGUAAAAGAUGUCUGCUACGGUUUAUAUGUAUGAUGUGACUUAACUAUGCAGAAAAUGUUUUAAGUUGGGUGUACCUGUUUUAUGUACAUCUACUGUACUUAUUCCCUCAAACCUGUGUAUUAGUUUCUCAGUGGGUACCUGAGAAAGGCCAUGCUUAGCACAGAACUGGAUUUCUCCUUUGAGAAAUUUUAGCAUGGUUUGAGGAAAUCAAGUGAUAAAGCAGUAUGCUGAAUAUGCAAUAAUUUACUUCUACUGAGUGCUGCAUUUUAAGAAGCUAGAUGAGAAGAGUAGUUGUGUUGGCUUAAUUAUGUUUUAUGCCUUUGAGAGAGAGAAUAAGUCUUAGAAUUCUCUUUUUAAAUGUUCUUAUGUUCCAACCUUUAUAUGUUCCAAAGUGCAGUGCACUGUGAAUCUUUUAUUUUUUAAAAACAUGUAGGUGCUUUUACGUAUAACUCUAAUGAUUUAUAAGAUGCUAAAUGAAUUGUUUUUGUACUUAACCGUAGUAAUCCAAAAGAUAAGGGUACAGUUUACAUGAUUUUCACAAGCUUUUGUUAAGAAAUAGCAGGUGAAUGGUUUAGGAUUUCAAAUAGAGAUGCCCUACGGCAUUAGCAUCUGAAGAGGUCUGAGAACCUGAUAGAACUCUUUUAGCAUGGAUCAAGUUUGAUUAAAUAUGUUGUAAAA